UUCCGUUUUUGAGCACUGUUUUAGAUGCAUUGCUUGUUGAUUUGGUUGCCUUGGCGUGUUUAUAUGCGAAUUUAUAGUUUUUCAUCCACUUUAAACUGCAUUGAAAGAUGGGAACACGAGAACAAUCAGUAGAAGCCUCUGAAUGCGAUGAGUUAGAACGGCUUGCCACCCAAGAACUGAUGAAUGAGGCUAAACGUGGAGCAGAAAGAGCCAAGGACUAUGGAUCAUUUGGAUGGUUGAAAUCCCAUGUUCCCCCAGCCAACAAAAGGUUUCUGGCUAAUACCCUGGUGUCCACUCUCCGAAACCCUCCUCACCUGAGACGAUCAGAUCAAAAUGGUUACCGCAGAUGGAGGCGACACAGCAGUGACAGUGAGGACAGUGACGAGAGGAGGAGACAUCGCAGUAGAAGUCCAGGCCACAGGAGGGGACGCAGGGAAACUGAUCACAGGGAUGACCACAGGGCAAAGAGGGAGAGAAAAAGAGAUAAAGACAGAGAACUCAAAGACAGCAGUAAUUGGAAAAAGGACAGCAAAAAUAGGUCACAUCAUCAGAGGGAAAAUGAAAUGUCUCAAAAUCUGGCAAAUUCUCAAAAAGAUCACAAACCCAAAGAAAGUUCAUCUUCAGGAAAAACUGAUUUGAUCCCUGAUUCAGAGAAUGAUAAGCUGCCAUCCAUUGUUUCCUUAAAAGACAACUUGGUUGAUGAAAGUGGACUUGGUCACAAAGAUCAUAAUUCUCAGGGAAGUCCAAGACAGAAAAACUCAAAUGAGAAAUCUGCAUUUGAUGAUAAAGCAGACCAUAGAGUAAAAAUGGCUGAAUUAGAAGAAGGACAGGGACAAAUAGAAGAACACACCAAAAGUUCACUUCAAGAAGAAACUUCUCAGGUGACUGCAACUGAUGCCGGAAGUAAUGAGGUUAUUUAUACUGAGGUUGGCUUACAAAGUACAAAUUCUUUAUCUGGCUUGAGGGAAACUUGUUCUACAAUGACUAUAGAAAAGUCAGGUGAUGGUGAUGGAGCAACUAAUGUUAAAACUUUGACACCCUCUGAGCAGUCAAGAAAUAAUAAAGACCUAGAAAGAUCAGCAGCCACAUCCAAAAUCAACGAAGCAGAAGCAGUGUCAAAAAAUAAUGGUAAAGAAACUGAUUCAGAAGUUUCUUCAAGUCAGCACAAUAUGGGGGUUUCUGAAAGUGUAAUCAGUGAGGCAAAGAGUCAUGAUGUAGAGAAAAAUGAAAGUGAAAGUGGAGGCAAGCAGAGAAGUGACAGUGGAAGAGGAAGCAAACAUGGGAACACAGAAAAUGUGGAAAAUUCUAAGAAAAGAAAAGUGUCAAAAAACGACAAAAAAGAAAUUGAAACUACUUCAAGUGAUAUGAAGGUCUCAGGAAAAGAAAUCUGUGAGACUAAGGCUCAUUUUGUUGAUGGAAAUAGAAAUGAAAGUGGAAGUAAACAGAAAGAUGGGGAAAAUGUGGAUGAAUCUAGAAAAAGAAAACAUAAACAUAAGCAAAAACACAAACACAAAAAACAUAAAAAAGCACAAACAAAAGCAUAAGGGCAAGAAGCACAUCAAGGAGGAACUUUGAAUAUUUUGAUUGUAAAAUAAAAUGAAACAAAUUGGAGACUAGGUAAAGCUCGAGCUACUGGGAAAUGUACUUUACCCAGAAAAGUGAAGUAUGACAGUAAAACAAAGAAAACCACUUUUAACCUUUUUAUUUAUGUUUCAUUGAAAUUGAAAGGAAAACAAGUUUCAUGGAGUUUUAAAGCAAAAAUUAUGUUAAAAAACGAGUGCAAAGUGAAAAAAUUGAUUAAGUAAGAUCAAAUUCUAUAGGAAAAUGUUCUAGAGUGAAACAAGAAUGUGAAAAAUGUUUUGUGAAUUGAAAUAAAGCAUUGAAAUGGCAUUCAAUCUGGGAUUAGGAUACUUAAAUGUACAAAGUUACUGUUUUUAUAGUAUGCUUGGUCAUUAAGAUCAGUGUUAUAAGAAGUCUGAGUUUAAUCUGUGAAGAAAUAAUUAAGACUAAUUUUCACAGGUAGAUAAGGUUCCAUUUGUUGCCACAGGUUCUGACAAGUGUCGUUUUUUUUCUAGAGUGAGAGAAUGUUUAAAAAAAUGUUAUAAUAAUUUCUCUUUCUUCUAUGGCCCCAUAGGUGUUUCAUUAUUUAGUGAAUAAAUAGAAAAUGUGGAAA